AUGGUCCGCCGAGUGUUGGUAGAUCAGGGAAGCUCGGCAGAGAUUCUAUGCUAUUCGGCAUUCAAGGCCCUUGGCCUCUCCAAAGAUCGAUUGUCCUUGAUGGAUGCCCCCCUAGUUGGCUUUACUGGGAUUCUGGUUUAUCCGAUCGGCAAAAUCAUGCUCCCGGUCUUUGCCGGUUCGGUACAACUAGACGUUGAGUUUAUCAUUGUCAAUUCGUUGAGCCCCUAUAAUGCCAUUCUGGGCCGCAAUUGGCAGCAUGACAUGAAGGCUGUCGCAUCUACGCUUUACCAAUGCGUUCGGUUUAUAGGUGAAUCAGGAUGA